CCGAGGCGCCGGGGCCCCGGCUCAGGCCCGCCCGGCCGGUGGGGGAGCUGAGAGCUGGCGACCGGCCGAGGAGGCGUCGGACUCGCGUCCCCUCAGCCAGUCUCUACUGGAUGUCUCUGCAUGGUGACAGUACGGAUUCGUGAAUCACGCGCUGGAGCUGCUGGUAAUCCGCAAUUAUGGCCCGGAGGUGUGGGAAGACAUUAAGUAGCUGGUGAAAGAACAUUUUAAAACUAAGGAAAGAGGAAAGCAUGUAAUGUCAGAGGGGAGGCCUUUUGAGCUUCUAAGAACAGAAAAGAGGCACAGUUAGAUGAAGAAGGACAGUUUCUUGUCCGAAUAAUAUAUGAUGAUUCUAAAACUUAUGAUUUGGUUGCUGCUGCAAGCAAAGUCCUCAAUCUCAAUGCUGGAGAAAUCCUCCAAAUGUUUGGGAAGAUGUUUUUUGUCUUUUGUCAAGAAUCUGGUUAUGACACAAUCCUGCGCGUCCUGGGAUCGAAUGUCAGAGAAUUUCUACAGAACCUCGAUGCUCUACAUGACCACCUUGCCACCAUCUACCCAGGUAUGCGGGCACCUUCCUUUAGAUGCACAGAUGCAGAAAAAGGCAAAGGACUCAUACUGCACUACUACUCAGAGAGAGAAGGACUGCAGGAUAUUGUCAUCGGAAUCAUCAAAACAGUAGCUCAGCAAAUACACGGCACUGAAAUAGACAUGAAGGUUAUUCAGCAAAGAAAUGAAGAAUGUGAUCAUACUCAAUUUUUGAUUGAAGAAAAAGAGUCAAAAGAAGAGGAUUUUUAUGAAGAUCUUGACAGAUUUGAAGAAAAUGGUACCCAGGAGUCACGCAUCAGCCCAUAUACCUUCUGCAAAGCUUUUCCCUUUCACAUAAUAUUUGACCGGGAUCUAGUAGUCACUCAGUGUGGAAAUGCCAUAUACAGAGUGCUUCCGCAGCUCCAGCCUGGGAACUGCAGCCUUCUGUCUGUCUUCUCCCUGGUUCGUCCUCACAUCGACAUCAGUUUCCAUGGGAUCCUCUCACACAUCAAUACGGUCUUCGUAUUGAGAAGCAAGGAAGGAUUGUUGGAUGUGGAGAAAUCAGAGUGUGAGGAUGAACUAACAGGUACUGAGAUCAGCUGCUUACGGCUCAAGGGUCAGAUGAUCUACUUGCCUGAAGCAGACAGCAUACUUUUUCUAUGUUCACCAAGUGUGAUGAACCUGGAUGAUCUGACGAGGCGAGGGCUGUAUCUGAGUGACAUCCCUUUGCAUGAUGCCACCCGUGAUCUCGUUCUUCUGGGUGAACAGUUCAGAGAGGAGUACAAACUGACCCAAGAACUGGAAAUCCUUACAGACAGGCUGCAGCUCACAUUAAGAGCCCUGGAAGAUGAAAAGAAAAAGACAGACACGUUGCUGUAUUCGGUCCUUCCUCCAUCUGUUGCUAAUGAGCUGAGGCACAAGCGUCCAGUGCCUGCGAAGAGAUACGACAAUGUGACCAUCCUCUUCAGUGGUAUUGUGGGCUUCAACACCUUCUGUAGCAAGCAUGCCUCUGGGGAAGGGGCCAUGAAGAUUGUCAACCUUCUCAAUGACCUCUACACCAGAUUUGACACGCUGACAGAUUCCCGGAAAAACCCAUUUGUUUAUAAGGUGGAAACCGUUGGUGAUAAGUACAUGACAGUGAGUGGUUUACCAGAACCAUGCAUCCACCACGCAAGAUCCAUUUGCCAUCUGGCCUUGGACAUGAUGGAGAUUGCUGGCCAAGUUCAAGUAGAUGGUGAAUCGGUUCAGAUAACAAUAGGGAUUCACACUGGGGAGGUAGUUACUGGCGUCAUAGGACAGAGGAUGCCUCGGUAUUGUCUUUUUGGAAAUACUGUCAACCUCACAAGCAGAACAGAAACCACUGGAGAAAAAGGAAAAAUAAAUGUGUCUGAAUAUACAUACAGGUGUCUUAUGACAUCUGAAAAUUCAGACCCACAAUUCCACUUGGAGCACAGAGGCCCAGUGUCCAUGAAGGGCAAAAAAGAGCCAAUGCAAGUUUGGUUUUUGUCCAGAAAAAAUACAGGAACAGAGGAAACACAGAAGGAUGAUAACUGAAUCUCGGACUGUGGGGUGAAGAGGAUGGAAAGGAGGUCCUGUUACCCCCUAAUACAUGUCAAGCCUAGAAGUGGUUAUUUCCUUGGUCCUUUUUAAUUUUCCCAAGCCUUUCUCCUAAGUACCCUUUUCCUUAUUCAUUAUUCAACGUUAGCUCUGCUUUUGAUCAAGGUUUAGCAUAUUAUCUGAAGUUUGGCUUUGUGGAUGAUGUGAGCUUCCUGUGUCUUAAAAGCUGCUACAAGCAUUGCCCAACAUGGUGAUUUGCAAGUAGUAGGCACCCAAUAAAUAUUUGUUGAAUUUUAUGAAAUGACACUGAACAGUAUUUGGCCAUGUGUACACAUACUGUGGUUUUCCCAAAUCUAUCUAUUGCUCUCUCUAUAUUAAUGACUGUAACAUAUAAAAGAGUUUUAUCAUGUUGGUGGAUAGCAUUAUAGAAAUCAUUUUCUAAAGGAGUGAAUUCAGAAUUUUCGAAAAAAAAAAUGCAGUUUAUUUUUAGACUCUCCAAAUAAGAAUAUGCUAUAGUAGGCUAAGAAAAUAGUGACUCUUUUGAAUUAUGCUCAUUUUCCUCCAGAAAUAGAGAAUAUGCUUUUCUGUUAUUAAGCCAUUCGGUCACUCAGUCAAAUCCUGUGGCAAUUCUAAUACCUCUAAAGUGCUAUCUUUUGCAUUAUAGCCCUUGUAUUACAAAUUUCAUUAACCACAUGCAGCUAUUAGAGAAAGCGGCACUGUUUCAUGAGCUAUUACAUUAGCUUGGGAUAACUUUUAGGGGCUAAACUACAUCCAAAGAUAAAGCUGGAAGCUCUUCGUAGUCAGAGCCCCUCCUGGCCUUUUAUUCCCAGAAAUAAGCUCCUUUUUCAUAGCUUACAAGAACAUGAUUAUAUACAGGGCAUCAGGUUCAUAGAAGUCACUUUAAUUUUGACAUAGAAUGCAUUCCUGUUGGAAUCAUUGGCUUGUUAUUCUUAAAUAUCUGAUAAUUUAUUAAUAUCUAUCUUUCUAAAAUAGAGUACUUUUGUGUAAAGAUGUUUGUCUUUAAAUUUAGUAUUUCCUAUCAGCACAUCAAUAUAUGUAUAAAUGUUCCAUGUUCAUGUGUAAGAGAACCCGCAAUAAAUUAUUUUUUCCACUUGUC